AUGAAAGCCGUCUCACCACACACCGCCGCCGUCAGCCCCGAGCGGGCCAAGCACCUGGAGCGCAACCGUAUCGCCGCCAACAAAUGCCGCGAAAGAAAGAAGCGCGAACACAAACAGAUCGAGCGCCGACUCAGCGACGAAACCGAGAAAAAAGAAAUGCUCCUAGCACAGCUCAACUGUCUACGAGAAGAAGUCUGGGACCUAAAAAAUAUUAUUUUUCAACACGCCGAGUGCGAUGACCAUCAAAUCAACAACCAACUCAGAAGAAUGACCCAGACCGCCAUGGGCACCCAAUCUGUCCCCCAAAAGGCCCAUUCCGAUAUGGCCGCGCCCGAUAUGGCCGCGCCCGAUAUGACCGUUCCCGAUAUGAGCUUGUCGCCGACAACCUCGACUAAGACCUGGUCGGAUGAAUCGGUCGAUGAAAGUACGAAUAUGACUAUGAAUAUGAUCGAUCCGGGCGCAUAUCCUCAGGGUGAUUGGACGGGUUUACCUAAAGUCGCCAAUGACAUGGUUUACGAUCCGAAUGGAUCAACCGACUCACUGUUCGAGAACUUUAUUGAUGCAGACAACCUGUACACGUAG